AUGGCUUCCGAGCCGGUGCAUCCUCUUCGCAUCUCCAAGAACACGCCGGCAUCUUCGCCUUCCAAGAAGAUGCCAAGCAGUAUUUCUCGCCCGCUCAGCGAGAUUUCUCCUGGCGAAAAGAGGCGAAACUCACCGAGCUGGCACCCCUACUCGCCAAAGAAAGUUGUGCUACCAGGCAACGACUCUUCUCCAUUCCAGUCCUCACCCCUCGAUUCUGCUACUUCUCCCCGACUCUUCUGGCAGAAUCGCAACUCUGAGAACAUGCUCCAUGGGGGCGGCUCGGGUUCACCGUCCUCAAACCGCCGUUCGUCUAUUGAACGUCUCCAGAGAGCAUCUCGCGUCAAGAACAGCAACAUCUUGGCGCUUGAGCAAAAGCAAGAAUAUGAUCCUACCAGAAUCCCGCAUAUUGAGAGGCCCCUCGCAAAGGUCCAAGGAAGCAUCCACGUAUCCUCAUCAAGCUGCAGUGGCUUUCCCUCUCCAGACUUUGACCAUCGCGAGUUUGACAGCUCGUCGUCAAGCUUGCCUGGGAUGAGCCCAUCAAAGAUCUCUCCAGACUUGCCUGAAACUGCUCAAAUACCGGCUAGAACGCCGAGCAAGGAGCAAACAUCACCAACAAAGUCGUCUCUUUCUCCGUCCAAGCACAAGCGUAAUACCGUCGACGCUGCUGCAGGAACUUGGUCAGGUCACUCCUCGAUCAACGAGAUGGAUUUUCCCAACAGUCGCUACCAGCUCCGCCAUCCCAAGAGUGUCACCUUCGACGCCGCACCGCCUCAAGUCAACGAGUAUGAAAUGGCCACACCUGACCUCUCAUCUAUUGGAACAAACUCAAGAGAGGGGAGCUACGAGUCGGUCGAGGACGACGAGGAGCUGUACGAUCCUGCGCACAUUGACAUCCAAGACGAGAGUUUUGACGAGUCCUUGGAAGACACCGACAAGACUCCCGUUGUUGGACCAGACGACUGGCGCGGCGAAAGUCCCGUGGCUCACCGGGGCGUGUUCAUGGAUGGGCACGACGGCAGCCCAAUGCCGGAUGCUGUUCCAAUGAAGGCUGCGGGCGGCCGGACCACUCCCACCAACAAGCGCUCCGAGUCUAUCAAUUCCAAUGGAGACCAUAGACCAUUGCCUCCUUUGCCCGGCAUGAGCGAGCCCGGGUGCCUUUCCCCGGAAGCAGCGAGAGCUUCUCCUGGGCUGUCUGCCACAGCCGAGAGGAUGCUGGGCGGCUCUCAGAGGAACUUGCCGUCACCACCACCAGCCUCUGCGUCCAAGUCUGAUAUCCAGAACAUGGGAAGCCAUAAAAUGACACUGGAAGAGCGUUUGAAGCUGAUGAUGCUCAGUGAUGACACUGAUGCAAAGACUGCCGCCGAGCAACAGCGAGAGCGCAGGUUGCGAAGAAGAGGAAACAGCCGCGAAAGGGGCGGCACCCCACACUCCGAAGCAGACUCGGAGAAUGCAGAGGGGGCCCGAGAAGCCGACGAUACCGUCGGUGAUAUUUCCGGCUUGGAGUUUCAGUCACCACCCAAAAUCUCGAGGGAGUCCAUCAUGCGCCGACUUCAAGGCGAAAAUGCUGUCGCUGAGGAUUCAGAGAAUCACCUUUCAUCUCCCGCUCCCAGUCCUCAAAGAAGCCUUCUCCGUCAUGCAAAAGGUUCAAUCAUGGACCUCGAUCCCGACGUCCCCAUUCCCUCAACCGAAGACUCUCUCAUCGGAGACGAUGACGACUAUGAUCAGGAGGGUAGUGUCAUCGUGACGAGGAGUUCCGAAGAUGAUCUCGGGUAUUACGACGACGAGACUCUGGAUGGCGAGGAAGAAAUAAAUCAAGACGUGGGCCAUCAAGUGCAUCAAGAGUGUGCUGAGCCCCAACAAGAGCUUCACAGUGACGUGGCCGAGAAACGGCUCUCGUUGCUGCAGCAGUUGAAACUUGAUGUGCCCUUGACUGGGUUUGGAACCGGCGGGUUAGAAGACCCUUUCACUUCAUCAGCCGACGUCGAUGAACCGGCCAAGACCGAAUCCAAGCAUCAUGACGGUCUUGUCGUCAAGGCUCCGGAAAAGCCCGAGCCCGCGAACGGGCCUGACACUCCGACCCGACGCUGGUCAAAACCAGAGUACGAUGGUAGCGGUUGGGGUGAGCCGGACCCUGAAGAAUGCAUCGAUGAGCCGGGAACUCCUGACUCCAUCAUUCAUCACUCACCACCGGACGAAGAGGACCGGGAUUCACCUCCUGCCAUUCCAGAAAGAAUGGCCACCAUCAAGGCUCCCGGGGCGAAACUGAAGACUCGUCUGUCCAACACUCCAUCAGACUUGGCCGCUAUGCGUGAGGCUCGCCGACAAGUUAGCCAGGAAGUACCGGUUGUGCCACCUAUUCCGGAGAAACACCGCAAGCGUCUCUCAGAUGAUCUCAGUAAUGAGCAGAGUUCGGUUGAUGACUACGUGGCUCGUCACCCAAGCUUCAAGAACCGCAGCCUUACUUUGGACCUUGACAUGGGACUCAGUCUAGAUCAGGAUUUUGAGCGAGUCAUUGAAGCUCAGAAGCGGGGAUACCUGAUGAGGCAAAACACAAAGGUCAUCACGGCCAGCGACAAGGACGGUGACGAUCCUCACAAGACCAAGUCCGCUCAAAGCUCUCCUAUAAAACAGAGCAGGCCGGCGUCUUGGGUCGUGGAACCAUGGAAUACGGAGUCUCGCUCGCGAAGCUCUCGCAAGCGUGUGAACGAUGCCAACGGGCCAGCACCUCCCCUGCCUGGAAAUGCUGCGGCAGUCGGUCAGGGAAUCGAGGAGGAUCUGCAGUCCGAAGUCGCCACAAUUGAUAGCGGCGAGAGAGGUCGCCUCUUUGUCAAGGUGAUGGGGGUUAAGAAUCUGGAUCUUCCUCUUCCCCGGAACGAGCGCACCUGGUUCAGUCUCACCUUGGACAAUGGAGUGCACUGCGUCACCACUGCUUGGCUUGAGCUGGCUAGAAACGCCCCCAUCGGUCAAGAAUUCGAGCUGGUGGUGCCAAACGACCUGGAGUUUCAGCUGACACUGAACGUCAAGUUGGAAAAACCCGCGGCGGUCGCUGCUCCGGUGACAGGCAAGCCCGCCAAAUCCAAGACGUCAACCUUUAGUAGAGUGUUCGCUUCCCCAAAGAAGCGGAGAGAAAUGGAACAGCGACAGAAGGAAGAGGAGCGUCAGCAGAAGGAAGCCCUCGCGCGUCAGCGCAACCGCGUUCCGUCGACAUAUGAAUUUCUGUCACCUCUGACCGCCGAAGACGGAAGCUUUGCCCGCGCGUACGUUUGCCUCAAAGAGCACGAGCACCGCUGCUUUGGGAGACCGUACAUGACGGAAGUAGCUUGUUUCAAUGAAUGGGCCACAGAGGAAGAAAGCUUUGCGUCAAGCGUCAAGAGCAAACGAGGAUACGCGGCUGGCGCCGGCGCCGGCGCCGGCGGCGGCAUUGUUCGGCGGGCUCCUUACAAGAUUGGAAAGUUGGAGUUGCAGUUGCUCUUUGUCCCCCGCCCCAAGAAUGCGACGGAUGAGGAUAUGCCCAAGAGCAUGAACUCUUGCGUCCGGGAGCUCAAGGCAGCUGAGGAGAGAUUGUCGCGGAACUGGGAAGGACACCUGAGCCAACAAGGAGGCGACUGUCCAUUUUGGCGUCGACGAUAUUUCAAGCUUGUCGGGACCAAGCUAACUGCCUACCAUGAAUCCACACGGCAACCAAGAGCUACCAUCAACUUGUCGAACGCAAAGAGGCUGAUUGAUGACAGGAGAGCGUUGACAGAAAAGGAGACAACUGGCAAAGGCGGCAAGCGACGACGAUCGGCCUUUGCCGAAGAUGAGGAAGGCUACAUGUUUGUUGAGGAAGGCUUCCGCAUUCGCUUCAACAAUGGGGAGUUGAUUGAUUUUUACGCCGACACGGCAGAGGACAAGGAAGGCUGGAUGAGGGUGCUAUCCGAGGUCAUUGGCAAGGACAGCCCUGCAGACGACAGCAACGGUGUCCGAUCAAAGGCGAAGUGGUGCGAGAUUGUCCUUAAGCGGGAAGAGCAGCUUCGCCGCAAGGCAGAAAACACCGGCCGACGGGUCAACUCCAGGACAAAGAGCACAUGCUCCUAG